UCGCAGAACCAGUUGGUUUGGCCCAGCCGCCCAGCUGCUUCUUCUUUCCUGCCUUCUCACUGUGUGUGUGCUGCUGUGGUGUGUGCCUGGUGUCAACCUACGCCGACGAGCGCACAUAUAUCCCUCCCUCUCCUCUGUUGGAGGGCCGCUUCCAAUUUGCCUUCACUUUCCUUCUCGCCGGCUUCAUUGGCUUCCGCGCCGUGCCAGUCAACUCGCCUCCUCUCCCAGCCCGAGUUGAACAGCAACAGCUCGGAAACAUCUGGCCGCCGCAGAGUGCUACACUCCCCGUCCCUCCGACGCUCACCUCGGCAGCCUGUUAUGGAAAUGAGUCUAAACUCUAUUUAGUUUGGUCUCCGAGGGAAAGACGGCGAUCUGACGGUGGACGCGGAGGAGACAUUGGAGCUUGUUGUCUAGAAAGACUGAGCGAGGAAGAGAAAGAGCAAGAAAGAAAGAUAGUGAGGGAGGGAUACGAGCCAGAGCCCAGCUAUUCUGCAACAGUGGAGUUAAUCAAGUUGAUGCAUACUGCUACAGGUUAUGAGGACGGCAGGAUGGAGUUCCCAGACCACAGCAGACAUUUGCUCCAGUGUCUGAGUGAGCAGAGGCACCAGGGCUUCCUGUGCGACUCCACCGUGCUCGUGGGCGAUGCUCAGUUCCGCGCUCACCGCGCUGUGCUGGCCUCCUGCAGCAUGUACUUCCACCUCUUCUACAAGGACCAGCUGGACAAGAGGGACGUGGUCCACCUCAACAGCGACAUCGUCACAGCGCCUGCCUUCUCUCUGCUCCUGGAGUUCAUGUACGAGGGCAAACUGCAGUUCCAGAACCUGCCCGUAGAGGAUGUGCUAGCGGCCGCCAGUUACCUGCACAUGUACGACAUUGUCAAGGUGUGUAAAAAGCGGCUGAAGCAGAAGGCCACGGCCGAGGCCGACAGCACGCGUAAAGAGGACGACGGCUCCAGUUGCUCGGACAAGGCCGACAGCCUAUCAGACGGCUCCACAGGGCGACCCGCCACCGCCGACCUGCUGCACAGUGACGAGGAGGAGGAAGGGAAGACAGAGGCAGCACCACUGUGGCUCAGGCUGCCCUCCGACAGACCAGCCACCCCCGCCAUGGCUUCAGGCAGUCCCGCUAACGGAGAGGCCGAGACCCAGAGCGCAGAGAGACUGGCAGAGCAGAAGCUGCUCUCUCCGGCUGGCAGCCCCAGCAGCUCCACUGGUUCCCUAUCCCGGAGGUCCCCACACUCCAUCAGCUCCCGUAGAGACCACCGGGGACGCAGGGUGUCCAACGACACCGCCGACUGUGUCCUAGACCUGUCUGUCAAACCUAUAGGCAGCAACCACAGCAGCCACCAACCGCCAUACUUCAGCGGGACAGCCACGCCGGACAGUCUACAGAGCCCGCUAGCCGUCAGGGUCAAGGUGGAGAGAGGUGUGGCGUCAGACGAGGAUGAGGAGCUGGGAGGAGGGGAUUAUGACAUGGAGCACAGUGGACUCAAGGUGACAGCCCCCAGUACCAACGGGGGUUUGACCCACCACAUGGUGGGGGGUCCUCUGUCGGCCCAGAGAAGACUGGGUCUGGAGGCGCACCUGUCAGCCCUGCGCGAGGCGUCUCUGGCCUCAGAGCUGGAGCGAGAAGACAAGGCUCCAACAGGUGCAGACGACGAGGACCUACUGGGUGGUGAAAAUGAUCGUACCCAGACUGAGGCGGGCACUAUGGACAGCUCUUUGCUGCCCUAUGUGUCCAACAUGCUGUCUGCCACUCACACACAGAUAUUCAUGUGCCCUCUGUGUAACAAGGUGUUCCCCUCCCCACACAUCCUCCAGCUCCACCUCAGCUCCCACUUCAGAGAGCAGGAGGGCAUCCGGUCCAAACCGGCUGGAGACGUGAACGUGCCCACCUGCACCAUCUGCAGUAAAACCUUCUCCUGCAUGUACACACUGAAGCGGCACGAGCGGACUCACUCUGGGGAGAAGCCCUACACUUGUACCACGUGUGGGAAGAGCUUCCAGUACUCACACAACCUGAGCCGGCAUGCCGUGGUGCACACACGCGAGAAGCCACACGCCUGUAAGUGGUGCGAGCGCCGCUUCACACAGUCUGGGGACCUUUAUCGGCACAUCCGGAAGUUUCAUUGUGAACUGGUCAACUCACUGUCAGUGAAAAGUGAACCUCUGGCACUGCCCAAUGUGAGGGACUGGGCCAUAGAGGACAGCUCACAAGAACUGUGGAAAUGAAGGCUGGGCUGGGGACAGGGCUCAGUCUGUAACCUGCUGACUCAUGCUCUCAUCUUCAUGUAUGUCGCAAAUCUCAUUCAAUUGCACUUUAAUAGCACAUAAAAUGUUACUACUGAAUAUUUUAUUUCUUUAUUUUGAGUUGGUGUGCGCUGUGUUUGGUGGUUUUCAGUGCGUCUCUAGACAGGUCGCAGUGAGAGUUUUGUGUUUUAUUGGUGUUGUACCUCACAACGCUCCGAGUCCGACACUGGUGUCAUAUCAGUCAGACAGUCGAACCCACUGAAGCUGAAGCAUUAUCCACACUAAACGGGUACUGUGAGCACCACACACACACACACACACACACACUCAUAUGUGUGUGUGUCAAACUGCACUACGCUGGCAAAAAUCUCAUCUGGAGUGCGUGAGUGUGUGUCUGUUUUAUUUAAUUUUGUACUGGUAUGGAGGCGCGCUCCCGCUUCUCUAAGCUCUUGAUGUUGUGUAAGGGAAAGCUCAUUGACAGAUAGAUUCACUCAUGCAAUGCACAGCCUCCCUUUUCACUUCCAAUCAAUUUGAAGUAUUUUUUAAAUCUUGGAAAUUAUAAUUAUUAUUAUUAUUGUUAUUAUGAAUAGAGUUUUUCUUAAAUCUAGCUGGCAGUCUUUAAACAUCUCUUGUUGAAAAGGUAUUUAAUUUAAGGUUGUUGUAUAUUGUUCUAGAGUUUUAAUCUUUGACAUCUUUUUAAAUUAAUAUGAUGAUAAUUAUUAUUUUUUAUUACUUUUUGUAAUGGGACCUGCUGUUGUUGCAUGAUGUCCAGACCUGUAUAUUUUAAAAUAAAAUGUGAAUUUGCUGUAUUACUGUACACAUUGUAAUUGAACAAACAGGCUUUCUUUUUUAUUUUCCAUUUUCUGUGAAUAUUUCUCAAAGGUGCAGUCUGUUAAAACAAAUAUUUUCACAACUGGAAAAUGCAUGAACAUUGAUUUUUGUCUUAUUUAAUUUGAUUUUUUUUGGAGGAGGUGGAUAGAAUAUUUUGAAAGUGAAGGGGUGAUUUAGUAUACUGGAUGUAGGGGAAUGUUAGCGGCUGCGGCGCUCUGGUGAACAUGUGAAGCCUGUGUCUAUAUGCACUGAUCUGCUGUUUGAUGUGUUGUGUGUUUGUGUGUUUGUGUGUGCGAACUACUGAAGAUGUUUAUGUCACUAACCCAGCACUUCCUCCUGCUCUUCCUCAGGCGUUUGUGUGUCCACUGUGUGUUUCUGUGGUCCUCUCUGCUCCUCUGCACCCAACAGCAGGCACCCAUGGGUGGCUUGGCUCACAGGGUGCUUCUUCAGGUCUGUGGGUGCUUUGGUGUGGCUCAGACUGGACUGAGGUUGGAGGUGGCAGAGAGUGAAACUGUCCUGCUGAAUGUUGAAGCCUCAAAUCUUUUCUCAUGCUGAAGUUUGGCUGUGUGUUACACAUAGAGAGAGAGAGCGUGUUUUAGACAUUAUCCAUAUCUGUGAACACAGAAUUGGCAUGCCUGAAUGCACCUUUUUAAGCUCAAAGACAAAAUCAGAUUUUUUUGCUAAAAACUUGCCUUUUAUUAAAUCAUUUUGAGUAUUUGAUACUGAAACCAUUUACAGAUCGGGACAUUGUGUAUGAAUUCAUGUCUAUUGCAAAUUAAAUUUAUUGGAAAAUAUCAAUAUUUUGAUGAUAUUGGAAACAAAUUGAAAAUAUUUUAAACAUUUUCUGUUUGUGCAUUUCAAAAGCUCUUUGUGAGUGGGAUUUAUAAUGUUUUGUUUACAAACAGCUGUGGCUCACUCACUUCUUCCUCAGUAUGGGCCCAUAGACACGUGCAUGUACAGGGCUGCAGUGGAGCCACAUGAGCACUGCACUUCUGUCUGUGUGCAUGGGCUUUUCCUGCUGUAUGUUCUGGUUGUACUUGACUGCCUUAAACUGCUGUAGUCCAGCCUCUUCUUAUUUGAUUCAAAUGGUGUGUGUGAAGUUUAGGGAGUUGUGCUGUGAAUGAACCACCCACUAGACAUCUCCAAACUUCUUGUUUUUUGUUGCUGUGCUUACUUGAAAACACAAAUGUCAUAACAGUUUGUAAACAAACAGGUGAAGUGUGCAGGGUGGGAGGGGUUCAUAAAAGUUUUUCUGUCUCUUUUGAAAGAGGACAAUCAGUGGAAAAACAAGCUGAUUUAAAUUCAGAGACAUUUGCUCCCCGUUUGAGACUAAAACUAUGUUUUUGUUUUUUUUAUUUAAAUUUCAGAUUUAGUCAUUUUUAGCUUUGACAAUCAUAGUUUUUAUUUGUGUUUCUCAAGGGGAGUAAAUUCUAAUUGUGUUUAGUUUUGUAAUUUUUGGUGUGUGCUGUUGUUGACAUUUUUAAAUUGUGUGCAAACUGCAAUAAAUUAUAAGAAUCUUGAAACUUGAA